UGUUGACUCCCGGAAGGUAAUCGCCCUCAAACAGACAACAAAAAUGGAGUUGUGUAAACUAGUAGCAAGUUAGCUACCAGAUGACGUUCAACUUUAGUUUUGCAGAAUUACCUUUAGCCAUUUUAGUAAGCUGUCGAACGGGUAAAUAGAUUGGCAUUUUGCCCACGACAGACAAGGUUUAGGAGCUAGUUAGCUAGCUGAAAUAGUAUCUGAUCGUUUUCACUCUCACUGUGCUGGGCUAAUUUAUAAACGACGAGUGGGACAUUAGCAGAUAUGGAGAAGGGAGAUUUCCUGAAGGGACUACCUGUAUACAACAAAAACAACUUCAGCAGGUUCCAUGCUGACUCUGUAUGUAAAGCAUCAAACCGCCGACCAUCUGUGUAUCUUCCAACGCGUGAAUAUCCCUCAGAACAGAUUAUAGUCACAGAGAAGACAAAUAUCUUGUUGAGAUAUCUUCAUCAACAGUGGGAUAAAAAGAAUGUGGCAAAAAAGCGAGAGCAGGAACAAGUUGAGGGGGAGAAUGCGGCGCCUCCACGAAAAAUUGCCAGAACAGACAGUCGAGAGCUGCAUGAGGAUUCAUAAAACGCUGUGCUGUCAGUGCACGCCAAGCAGAGACUAACCUACACAAACAAGAUGCACACAGAUGCAGGAUAUAUGUUUGCAAACCCAGGGCUUGGCACUGAAGCACACAUGAAUUGUGUGAUACAUUUCACUGAUACAUUUCAGGCCAUAGCUGUCAUGGCACUAAUAUCAAAAGCAGAUGGAUUCCUUUAACCAAAACCUUUCUUUUUUUCCAGUUUAUUUACUGCUUUCAUCCACGAUUUACUUCCAAGACACUUCUGCCUUAGACUUCAGUCUUUAUAGGUUUAAAAAUAACAUACAUCUACCUCCUUAUUCCUCAGCUUCUGUGGCUUUUAUUCAUUUAUGCUCACACAGUUUUCUGCAGGGAGCUACCCUGUUGUCAUUUAAGGGUUUACAGUGGUAGAUAUUCAAACCAUCUCUUAGAUAUGCAUGUUUUAAGUUAAGUCUGUAUAUGUCAUUUAGUGACAUGUCAUCUUUUUUGGCCCCUCCUACAUUUGACAUUUUAGUUUUGAAUGAUGUAAUAGAGGCCUCAAUUUUUAUUUUAGUUCUCCCUUUAUGUGAUUACUAUCAUGGACUACCAGAAAGUAAAACUAUGUUGUGUUAGAUGAUUAGUUAUUUAAAAAUAAAUAAAUAAAUAAAAAUAAAAUAUAUGUAUCAGGGUUUUGUUAUGGACUGAACAAUAUGAGUGUUCAAAGAAAUGCUCUUCUGUUUUCACCUAAUGAGAAAUGAUUUAUUGCCUUAAAUGGAAGCGAGUGUGUUCCUACGCUAGUGUCUUAUAGUGCCCCCUUGGUCUUCGUUGUAGUUCACAGAAGAAAUUAACCAUUGUUGAGUAGAUCCUGGCAUGUCAAUAAGGUCACAUUCAAGCCAAUACAGUCAUACUAGGAUGCAAGUGCUUUGAGAUCACCACUUUUCUAAGUAGAGCUUAUAUCUUUGUAGUGCAGUGCUUAUGGAAUAGGUGAUGCCUGUGUAAACUUACACUUUAGCUGUACUAAUGUAGGCUACUUGUAAAGAAUGGUGUCAAUCUUUGUAACUGUGCCAUUCAUGUUUGCUUACAUAGGUUGAUUAUUUGAGUCAUAAUAUGUUUGGACUUGCAAGCUUUUGACAGCAGAGACAGGUAAGCGUAGUGUGUGUUAGCUGCAAGUAAAGUCGCUGAAGCUCAUCAUAAUGCUACACGAAUCCCGUAUACUUGUACAGAAUGUGUAUUGUGAUUAUGACCCUUUUAUCAGGUAACACAAUUUCUCAUUUUGUCUUCCCCAACUCAACCAUAUUGUUAUUUCAUUUUGUUUAACCAUUUUACACUGGAGGGAAUACAUGCUAGAAUUUGGUCAAAAACGGAACAAAUUAACCAUUGUUAACAAACUUAAUUUGCUUUGCACCUUCUAGAAAAAUCACUUUUUGCAAAUAUCCAGAACUGACACUGUGUUUACCACAUUUUCAAUAUGGUUUGACAUGGUUUACUUACUUAUACAUGUUUACUUCUGUUACAGAUUGUUGUUCAGAGGUUUAUGGCGUACAUGUUCAUAUCUUUUGGCUGCUUAUACAAGUAGAACACAUAGCAUAGGUUUCUCAAGUAUAAACUGAAACCAGAUCCAUGCAGUGUUUAAUUUUUUUGGCUCUUCAUGGAAGAGUGCUAAUUCUGCUUUUGUCAAAUGAUUUCUUUUCCAUGACCUAAUUAAGAUUGGGAUGAGUUUGUUAAAUGCUUUGAAUUGGGUUUAUUGUAUAAAUGUAUUGUUGAAAAUU